AUGCAGCUUCAUCUUCCAAGUCUUGAAGUUGUUAUCGUAAGUGAGAUCAUGAAUCUUUUUGCAUUUAUUUUCUAUACCGAAACCGAGGUCACAUUCGUACAAGAUUCAUUGCCCUAUCAUUGGACUAUCGCGAUGGGAACUCAUGAUUUCUCUCACAACGUGACGUCUUUUCCUAUUCAAUUUCACUCGCAUUAA